GAACGAGGAGCUCCAUCUUGCUCCGUCUAUGUCUCUAGGCAAAUAAAGCAUUAUUUUCACUGAAUUCCAUAUUUACUACUGGAUUUUUCUGUGAAAAAUGAGUGGAAGACGCCAAAAUUAUUCAGAAGUUGAUGAGCUUAACCGAAUUCUUAUGGUUGAAAGAGAAUUGGUCCUAAAAACACAAGAAAACUAUCGUAUUCUGAAAGAAAAAUUUUUGAGCCUGUCCAAAGAGCAUGAGCAUUUAAGAAAAGAGCAAGAGAAGUGGGCGGAAGGAGCCGAGUCGCGGGAAAAGCUACAGGAGUUGGAAGGAAGAAGUGAUGAACUGAUUAAAAUUAUGCGGCAGGCGAAUCAAGAAAGAGAGGUUCGGUACGAGAAAUUCAAGGUGGACACCAUCGAAGAGCUGCAGAAUGUGUAUCGAAAAGAGCUUCAAGAUCAAAACAAUCAAAUCGAUAAACUUCGAAUUGAUCGUCAGGAACUUGUGAAGGAAAACGAUCAAUUGUUGGAGGAAAUCGCUGAAAUGAGCACAAAAAUGGAUGAUUACAAGCGGAAGGAGAAGGCAAAAGAAGUCGAAAUGCGGAUGAAAUAUGAUCAGAAAUUGAAGGAUAUUGUGAUGAAUAAAGAGAAAAGGGUCUCGCCGAGAUUUGAGCACUUGGAGCACAAAAUCGAAGACUUACAUGCGGAGAUUCAGAAAAAAGAAGAGUUGAUUCUCCUAAAAAGCCGCCAAUUUGCAUCUGAAAUUUCUCUGAAAAACGGGGAAAUUGAGGAUCUCAAAAGAUCCGAGGCAUAUGCGAAAUCUCAAAUCUCACAGCUGGAAGAUACUGUUAAAAGUUUAAAACUUCACAUUGAAAAAAUCGCAUCUGAAAAUGAUCAAACCGUGGUUGUCGAAACGUUGAGACUGAAAAACGAAGAACUUUUGAAAGAAAAUUUGAAUUUAGAGAUGAAGCAACGGCAGGAGCAACUAGAUUUUGCAAGGCAGCUGGCAGAUUCGGAAGAAACAUUUUCAGUUCGAAUUUCGGAGUUUGAGAAGCUCUGCGAGCAAAAGGAUCUGAAAAUUGAAGACCUACACUCCCAACUGGAAAAGUGCGAUCGGCUUCAAGAAUCGCUGGAAAAAGCCGAUAGAUCUCGUCAAAUUGAAGAAGAGCACCGAGAACGUCUAGAGUUAGAAGUGAAGAGUUUGUAUGAAAAACUCCAAAAGUCGGCAGAAGAUCGGCAGAAAGUCGAGACAACCUUGAAAUUGGAUAGGGAUCGAUUAGAAGUUUCAUUGGUAACUAUGAAGAAAAAACUCGAAUCAACUCCAGAAGCACCGGAAAAUGUUGAGAAAUUGAGGAAAGAACUGCGAGAUUCUGAAAAAAGACGCCUAUCAGAAAAGGAAAAGCAUCAGGCGAUCACUUCCGAGCUGAAAAGUGCUCUGAAACGACUUGAACGGAGCUACAGAGACGCUGUGAUCAAGUUGCAGGAGAAAAUUCCCGAGUUUUGAUGCAACUGCGUUUCGCCGCACUUUCAUGUAUUCCUUAACGGGUACUCUAUAAAUAAAACGUGUGGAAAAUUGAAUAAAUAAUUUAUU